AUGGAGCCAGACUGGAAAGAGAUUGCUAGAAAUAUAUCUGAUUAUGUUGAUAAUGAUACAUUCUUAUCGGCAAGAAGUCCUCAACAGAUAGCUAAAAUUCUUAGUUAUGCAAAACUAAGUCCUUGCGAAUUUGCAACAUUAUUCACAAAUCUUUCAAAUUAUCAUGGAAAAGCAGACAUAUUGAUGAUGCUUAGUCGUACACGUUUAAAAGAUUUCAACAGUCAAGAAGAAGCGUCUGAAAUUUCUGACACGAUUUCAUCAAUCCUCGGAAUUCAAAUUCUUGAUUCACUAUUUUCUUUCUACCAAAACAAGCUUCAACAAGAAAUUUCGGAGACAAAAAAUCACACAUCCCAAUCUCCUGUUCCUGAAUAUGCCAAUAUUGAUGUAUUAUUAUCAUCAGGGAAGCGAUGGACGUUUGAAAAUAUUGACCUAA